UUGUGAUCUGCUGCAGCAACGCUUCGUAAACCUGCUCAGUCCUCCAACACGUCAAUCAUUCAAGGCUGCUCAGAAAUCCCAAAUUCAAGUCAAUAUUUACAAAAGCGGGUUAUUGAUUAACCGUCCGCGUCUGCUGCAGCUGCUCAGAGUCCCAGCGCACGCGCACACACACACACACACACACACACGCACACACGCACACACGGCGAGCGAGCAGCUCGGUCACUCAGUCCGCUACACGAUGCUCCGCGUCCGGGUCUGGAGAGGUCUGGGUCCCCUGUGCCGAGGCGGUCAGCUGUCCCCGUGGAGACGGACCCAGAGCCGCACGGCAGCCGGCUCUGGGUCCGUCUCCACGGACCUCAGCGGGAUCUACCCGCCCAUCGCCACCCCGUUCACCCCCGAGGAGGACGUGGACUACGGGAAGCUGGAGGGGAACCUGCGGAAGUACGCCAAGAUCCCGUUCAGAGGUCUGGUGGUCCAGGGCUCCAACGGGGAGUACCCGUACCUGACGGAGGAGGAGCGGGUGGAGGUGGUGAAGGCGGUGAGGCGGUCGCUGCCCACUGACAAACUGCUGAUGGCCGGAUCGGGCUGUGAAUCCACGAGAGCGACGGUGCAGCUCACGGACAAGAUGGCGGCGGCCGGCGCGGACGUCGUCCUCGUGGUGACGCCGUGCUUCUACAAGGGCAAGAUGGACGGCCGCGCUCUGACCCGGCACUUCACAAAGGUGGCGGACAGCAGCCCGGUGCCGGUGGUUCUGUACAGCGUGCCGGCCAACACGGGCCUGGAGCUGCCGCUGGACGCCGUGGUGCAGCUGUCCCGGCACCCCAACAUCGUGGGCCUGAAGGACAGCGGAGGAGACAUCUCACGCAUCGGUCUGAUUGUUCACAAAACCAAAGCUCAGGAUUUCCAGGUGCUGGCGGGCUCAGCGGGCUUCCUCAUGGCCGCCUACAGCGUCGGUGCGGUUGGCGGAGUGUGUGCGCUGGCCAACGUGUUGGGCCGGGAGCUGUGUGAGCUGGAGAGCUUGUGUGUGUCCGGUCGCUGGGAGGAAGCCAGAGGCCUCCAGCAGCGCCUCAUCGAGCCCAACGCCGCCGUGACCAGGAAGUUGGGAGUCCCCGCCCUCAAGCAGGCGAUGGAGUGGUUCGGUUUCCACGGCGGCGCCUGCCGGUCGCCUCUUCAGCCGCUGACGGAGGCCGAGACUCUGCAGCUGAGGAGCGACUUCACCUCCAGCGGCUGGCUGUGAGGGGUGUGUGUGUGUGUGUGUGUGUGUGUGUGUGUGUGUGUGUG